AUGGAACCACAUUCAGAGCCUCCGGCCACCGCCACCGGCGAAACUAUAAGCAAAAAUGCACUGAAGCGUGAACUCAAAAACAAGCAGAGAGAAGAGCUUUUGAAGAAAAAGGAAGAGGAGAAAGCAAGGAAGGCUCUUGAAACACUAAGUGUCAAAGAAAACAAACCUGCAGCUGCUGAUGACGAAGAUAUGGAUCCAACGCAAUACCUGGAGAAUAGGCUAAAGCAUCUUGCAGCUGAAAAAGCAGAAGGGAGAAAUCCAUAUCCACACAAAUUCGCUGUCACUAUGUCUAUUGAUCAAUACAUCAAGGAAUAUGAAGGUUUAAGCGAUGGGCAACACCUCGAGGAUGUUUCUGUGUCUUUGGCUGGACGAAUCAUGCACAAACGUGCCUCUGGUGCAAAGCUUGUCUUUUAUGACCUGCAUGGUGGUGGUUUUAAGGUUCAGGUUAUGGCAGAUGCGAGAAAAUCGGACUUGAAUGAAGCUGAGUUUUCCAAAUUCCAUUCUAAUGUGAAGCGUGGUGAUAUUGUUGGCAUCACAGGUUUUCCAGGCAAAAGCAAGAAGGGAGAGCUUAGUAUUUUCCCCAAAACUUUUGUGGCGCUGUCUCAUUGUUUGCAUAUGAUGCCAAGACAAAAAUCUGCGGCUGCCGUUGAUAAUUCAAAUGUGAAGAAAAAUGCAUGGGUACCAGGAAGUACCAGGAAUCCCGAAGCAUACAUUUUGAAAGAUCAGGAAACUAGAUAUCGGUUACGCCAUUUGGAUUUGAUGAUUAAUCCAGAGGUUCGAGAAAUAUUCAAGACUAGGUCUAAAAUCAUUUCUUACAUUAGGUCGUUCUUGGACAAGCUUGAUUUCUUAGAGGUUGAAACACCUAUGAUGAAUAUGAUUGCUGGGGGUGCUGCUGCUAAGCCAUUUGUAACUCAUCAUAACGACCUUAACAUGAGAUUAUUCAUGAGAAUUGCUCCAGAACUCUAUCUCAAGGAGUUGGUUGUAGGUGGGCUGGACCGUGUUUAUGAAAUUGGAAAGCAAUUUAGGAAUGAGGGUAUAGAUUUGACUCACAAUCCCGAGUUUACUACCUGUGAGUUCUAUAUGGCUUAUAUGGAUUACAAUGACGUAAUGGAGAUAACAGAGAACAUGUUGAGCGGUAUGGUCAAGGAACUUACAAAGGGCAGCUAUAAAAUCAAGUAUCAUGCAAAUGGGAUUGAUAAGGAUCCUAUUGAAAUCGACUUUACUCCACCAUUCAGAAGGAUUGACAUGAUUGAAGGACUAGAGCAGAUUGCUGGCCUCAGUAUUCCCAAAGACUUGGCGAGUGAUGAAACUAAUCAAUAUUUGAAGAAUGCCUGUUUGAAGUAUGAAAUCAAAUGUCCCCCUCCUGAAACAACUACUCGUUUGUUGGAUAAGCUUGUCGGGCACUUUUUGGAGGAAACAUGUGUCAAUCCCACAUUCAUCAUAAACCAUCCUGAGAUAAUGAGUCCGUUGGCAAAGUGGCACAGAUCAAAACCUGGCCUGACAGAACGUUUUGAAUUGUUCGUUAACAAACAUGAGAUUUGCAAUGCGUACACUGAAUUGAAUGACCCUGUGGUACAACGACAAAGAUUUGCUGAGCAACUCAAGGAUCGGCAAUCAGGUGAUGAUGAAGCAAUGGCCUUAGAUGAGACAUUUUGUACGGCUUUGGAGUAUGGUUUGCCACCAACUGGUGGUUGGGGUCUGGGUAUUGAUAGGUUGACCAUGUUAUUGACCGACUCCCAAAAUAUUAAGGAGGUUCUUCUCUUCCCUGCAAUGAAACCUCAAGAUUAA